AUGGAGGGCCGCGCGAGCCCCCCGGGCGAGCCCCGCAGCCGGCCCGCGGCGGCCGUGCUGUUCCGCGGCCCCGUGGAGCCGGUCGUCUUCCUGGCUAACUUUGCCCUGGUCCUGCAGGGACCGCUCACCACGCAGUACCUGUGGCACCGAUUCAGCACGGAGCUCGGGUACAAUGGCACCCGCGACCGGGGAAACUGCGGCAACCACAGCUCGGACCCCACCAAGAUGAAAGUGGAGACCCUGACCUCCCACUGGACCCUCUACAUGAACUUAGGCGGCUUCCUGGUGGGGCUCUUUUGGUCCACUCUGCUGGGAGCCUGGAGUGACCGUGUGGGCCGCCGCCCACUGCUGGUGCUCGCCUCGCUUGGUUUGCUGCUCCAGGCCGUAGUGUCCAUCUUUGUGGUGCAGCUGCAGCUCCACGUCGGCUUCUUCGUCCUGGGCCGCGCGCUUUGUGCCCUUCUGGGAGACUUCAAUGGCCUCCUGGCUGCUAGCUUUGCCUCUGUGGCCGAUGUCAGCUCUAACAGACGCCGCACUUUCAGAAUGGCCCUGCUGGAGGCUUGCAUUGGUGUGGCUGGGAUGCUGGCGAGCCUCCUUGGAGGUCACUGGCUCCGAAUCCAGGGUUAUGCCAACCCUUUCUGGCUGGCCUUGGCCCUGCUGAUCGUCGUGACUCUCUAUGCAGCAUUCUGUUUUGGUGAGACAGUCAAGGAGCCAAAGUCCACCCGGCUCUUCACGCUCAGUCACCACCGAUCCAUUGUCCAGCUCUAUGUGGCCCCGGCCCCAGAAAAGUCCAGAAAGCAUUUAGCCCUGUACUCACUGGCCGUCUUCGUGGUGGUCACUGUGCACUUUGGGGCUCAGGACAUCUUUACACUCUAUGAACUGAGCACGCCUCUCUGUUGGGACUCCAGGCUGAUCGGCUAUGGCUCCGCAGCUCAACACCUCUCCUACCUCACCAGCCUACUGGGCCUGCGGCUUUUGCAGUUCUGUCUGGCUGACGCCUGGAUAGCUGAGAUUGGCCUGGCUUUCAACAUCCUGGCCAUGGUGGUCUUUGCAUUUGCUACCAUUACACCCCUCAUGUUCACAGGGUAUGGCUUGCUUUUCCUGUCAUUAGUCACCACACCCGUCAUCCGGGCCAAGCUCUCCAAGCUGGUGAGCGAGUCGGAGCAAGGGUACUGGAAAGAGUUAAUCCUCACCGUGAAUUCCAGCACUUUCCUCAGAGCCCCUGAUCUGCCUGCACCGGAGGCCAGAGGGCAAGAGGAAACAUGGACCCACACCAACUGCUUGGCUGCACCUGGAGCCUGGCACACAGCAGCAGCAGCCGCCCCUCCACGAGCACCACUCUCCUCCCACAAAGUGGUCCACCUAGUGCUAGGCAUCACCUGGUCCCACUGGGCUAUUCUGUGCCUAGGAGGAGUGUGACGCAGACCACAGGAAGCCAUUUGAGGCAGGGGUCUCUUCACGCUUAACGCCACCCAUCACUAAGACACUCCAGGGACCAGAAGCAUGAGACUGGCAUCUCUCCUUCCUGCCUAGACUACACAGACCAUGGUACUAGGCCCCUGAUGUAUGCAAUGGCCCCUAGUCACCCUUAAUGACUACAGUAUCUGGCUACAUCCAGCCUUGUGGGGAGGGGUGUGGCUCCCUCUAGGGGGAGAGCUGCUGUUUGUGGUUUGGGAUGUGCCCCUGACCACAGCCUGACCACCCAUGACCUCGGCAGUGCCCACGGACACAAUAAAGCAGUUGAAUCAGACUGAAAA